UUUUUUGUGCCUUAAAAUGGAAAAGUUCUCGGCUAACUUAUAUUUCCCUUGGACGUCUAGAAUAUGGUUAUAAUAAUAAAAAACCAGACCAGUCCUCAAUGCAUAUCAAAUCAUGCGAGAAAAAUCAUAUUCACUGUCCAAAAAGAACACUUGGCAAAACUGAAACUACUACAACUAACUACAAAAAAACUAACCAGACCGAAAUCAAUAAAUAACAAAAACAACAAGAAUACAACCAAAAUAACCCAUUCCUCAACCCAGAAUUUAAUUGGGAUUGGAAUAGAAUACUCCCCAAGCCGACUGGUCAUCGUGGGGAUAGCGACCAAAACCUUCCAUCAAACAACAAUUAAACAAAAAAAAAAACAAAAAAACAAGCUCUACAUAGCAACAUUUAACGUCAGAACACUGUUAUCAUAUGAACGUUUAAUAGAACUCGAGGAGUCAUUAGAAAAAAUUAAAUUUGAGGUCACUGGUAUGUCAGAGGUCAGAAAAUUGGGAAACAAGAUAGAAGAAUACGAAAAAUAUAUUUUGUGCUACAUUGGCAGCACAUCAGGAAAACAUGGAGUCGGCUUUUUAAUCAACAAAUCUCUUAAGAAAAGUUUAGAAAGCUUUAAAGGUAUCACAGAAAUAAUGGCUCUAUUAAAUCUCAACUUACAAGGACACAAAAUAAGUAUUAUCCAAACAUAUGCACCUCCAGAACCGGCAAGCGAAGAUAAUAUCAAAAAGUUUUACAAAGAUAUAGACAGAGCUAUAGAGUCCAGUUAUAGAAAUCUAAUAAUUAUGGGAGAUUUUAACGCCAAAAUAGGAAAGCCACUCCAAGAAAACCACAUCAUCACCAAGAAAUGGUUCGAGGAUCAUUAAUCAUAAAAAAUCUAAAUAAUACUCUUAAAACUGAUGAAGAGAUAAAAAUCUAUAAAACAAACCUCCAACAACAACUAUGUACAAGCGCGAAUUAGUGAUCAAUGACAAGAGUCAGUUCAAAAUUACUAUGAUAAUCUGAUACACAUCAUCAAAGACAGUCUACAACAAGCAAAAAAGCCAAAGGAAUCCAACACAAAACACAACAUCCUCACAGAAAGAACUUUGGCAUUG